AUGACUGGGCAUGGAGGUGAUGAAUUUCUCAAGUUCCAAGUUGCAGAAGAACUCCAAACUCAGGAUUUAGCAGAUGCUGUAAAACAAAUGAAAGAGAAGCGCAGAUUCAAGGAGCUGCUGAUUAUGGUUGAUACUUGCCAAGCUGCCACUCUCUUUAACCAGCUUCAGUCUCCUGGUGUUUUGGCUGUUGGUAGCAGUCUAAAAGGAGAGAACUCAUAUUCCCAUCACCUGGACUCAGAUAUUGGUGUAUCUGUUGUAGAUCGGUUUACAUAUUACACUCUUGCGUUCUUUGAGAGGCUCAAUAUCUACGACAAUGCAUCACUUAGCAGUUUGUUUAGGUCCUACGAUCCGAGCCAGCUAACGUCUACUGCUUACUACCGGACUGAUCUUUACCAACCAAAUCUGGUGGAGGUGCCAGUCACAAAUUUCUUCGGUUCAGUUAUGGAGACCAUUCAUACUGAUUCAGCUCACAAAGCCUUCUCAAGUAACACCUCCAAGAUCAAUUCCGACAUGCCUCUCAAUCAACUUUCCGAGCAAGAUCUUCAAAAUGCAGAUAUUCCUAACGAUGAGUUGAAUACGAGAAGCGAAAAUACACAAAUGCGGGCUGACAUCCACGAGAAGCUUGAAAAUGCUGAUACAGUGGUUAACCACAGCAUACCGGUAAUGGUUCUCAUUGUAAUCGUUUCAUCAUCUUUGUUAUGA